GCAAAGAAAGCUGCAGAUGGAAGUAAGUGAGCACUCCCAAGAGAGCAAAAUAAGAUACCCUCAUCUGUCCCGUCCGCGCGUCAUCUGAAUAUGCCGAAUUCAAGCGGCUCCACAUCUUCCACGAAGAGCAUCCGGAGAGCUGCGUCUGAACUCGAGCGCUCGGACUCUAUCACGGUUUACAUACACUGCAUUGAAGUUCUUAUGCGCGUUUGGAGAUGUAAAUCACCUCCAUCCGAUGUCCAACAGUCUCAGAAGUUUGUGGGAAGGCGGCAGAGUUUGAUCGAGGAUGCGCGUAAGGAGCGCGAGGCUGCGGCGGCGGCGGCGGAGGUUGCGGGACUCAACGAGCAGAUCGUGUUUGAGGAGAGCGAUGGAAAAGCCUUGCUCAGUCUCUUCUUCUCUCUGAGGAAUUCAAAGAGCCCAGCGCUGUCCCGCACUCUCAAGGUUUUUGAGACAUUCGAAGCCAAGAUCCACCAUCUUGAGACCAGACCCAGCCGAAAACCAAAGGACGGCUUGGAGGAUCUGGAGUAUUAUGUGCAGUGUGAGGUGCACCUGUCGGACGUCAGCACGCUGGUCAGCUCUCUGAAGAGAAGCGCAGAGGACGUCAAAACCACAAAAGAGGUCAAAUUUCAUUGGUUUCCCAGAAAAAUCGCUGAAUUGGAUAGAUGCCAUCAUCUUGUCACCAAAUAUGAUCCCGAUCUGGAUCAGGAUCAUCCAGGAUUCACUGACCCUGUUUACAGGAAACGACGAAAGAUGAUUGGAGACAUUGCUUUUAAAUAUAGACAUGGAGAUUCGAUUCCUAGAGUUGAGUAUACGGAAGAGGAGAUCGGAACAUGGCGAGAAGUGUACUCCACCCUCAGAGACCUGUACACGACCCACGCCUGUAGUGAACACUUAGAGGCUUUCCAGUUGCUGGAGAAACACUGUGGCUACAGUCCCGAUAACAUCCCUCAGCUUGAGGAUGUGUCCCGCUUCUUAAAAGAGCGCACAGGUUUCCAGCUGAGGCCAGUGGCAGGUCUCCUCUCCGCACGAGACUUUUUGGCUAGCUUGGCCUUUCGUGUGUUCCAGUGCACGCAGUACAUCCGGCACGCUUCCUCCCCCAUGCACUCGCCUGAACCGGAUUGCGUUCAUGAACUUCUUGGACAUGUGCCGAUAUUGGCUGAUAGAACAUUUGCACAGUUUUCUCAGAGUAUUGGCCUGGCCUCUCUUGGAGCUUCUGAUGAAGAUAUUGAGAAACUGUCAACACUGUACUGGUUCACGGUGGAGUUCGGACUGUGCAAGCAAGGAGGGAAGAUCAAAGCGUACGGAGCAGGACUGCUGUCGUCUUUUGGAGAGCUGGUGCAUUCUCUCUCAGAUGAGCCAGAGAGACGGGAAUUCGACCCCGACAUUGUGGCUGUUCAGCCGUACCAAGACCAGACGUACCAACCCGUCUAUUUUGUGUCGGAGAGCUUCAUAGUUGCCACAGAGAAACUGAGAGCGUACGUGAUGCGCAUCAAGAGACCGUUUUCUGUGCGGUUCGACCCGUAUACAGACAGCAUAGAAGUGCUGGACAACCCUCUGAAGAUCCAGCAGGGGCUGGAGACCAUUAAAGACGAGUUGAAGAUCCUCACGGAUGCCCUGAAUGUGUUGGCUUGAUUCUGUCUCCAGGAGCCGAACGACUCUCCUGUUCCUCUCUGCUUCACAUGUGACGUCUCAUUGUUAUGCUGUGCGUCUACGUCUACAUCUGCUGCUACACUGACGUCGUUGCUUUAAAAACUUCAUGUUGGAACUCUAUACCAGAAAGCUUAAAGGAAUAGUUCACCCCAAAAUGAAAUUUCUACCAUGUCGCUCCAAACCUGUAUGCGUUGAGACGGCGCUGGCGUUGGUGUCUGUCUUCUGUAGAACAUCAAAAAGAUAUUUUGAAGAAAGUCUGUCAACAAACGGUUUUGGUUCGUAUGGACGAAACAUACAAUGAAAGUCAAUGGGAACUGAAACCAGCAUUCUUCAAAAUCUUCUUUCAUGUUCCACAAAGAAAGUCACACAGAUUAAAAGAGGGCGAUUAAAUGAUGACAUAAGUUUUAUUUUUGAUCUCUGGAUUAAUGGAUCUCUCUGUGAUACUCUACUAAACAAAAGCUGUGUCAGCAUGACAUGAAUUAAAAAAAUUUUUGUCAUGCCCAUUGUAAAUUAAGCUAAUAGGGGGCGUUUAUACGACAACGUUUUCAACUAAAAACAUUAUAUUCAAAUUAAUUAACCAAUCAGUAAUACCCUUGAUCAGCUCUACCAAAC